AGUCGGUGGAAUGCUGUGGCUCCAGCUUGGAUACAUUUGUAGCGGAGGAGGAGAAGCCCCAGGACAGAAGGAGAUCCCAGUGGAUACAGAGGGAACCCGCAGUCGCAACUCACUCUGACUCCCCUCCAGUGCAGGGCUGUUUUUAACCAAGGAACACUGAGCACUCCAGCUUUGAGUGCUGGUUUCGCACUUGAGUCGCUGCUCCCAGCAUUAUUCCUGGUGUUCCGGUUUGGAAACCACCUCAAGGAAACAAUGAGCCAAGAGGGUUUAAACUCCGCUGCAGUCCCACUCUGUGCAGAGGAUGUCCAGGGAGAUGGUCGCUGGAAGUCACUGCACAACAGAUUUGUCCUGGACUGCAAGGAUAAAGAGCCUGAUGUCCUUUUUGUAGGUGAUUCCAUGGUGCAACUUCUGCAGCAAUAUGAGAUCUGGAGGGACCUGUUCUCACCACUGCAUGCACUUAACUUUGGGAUUGGAGGAGAUACCACACGACAUGUCUUAUGGAGGCUUGAGAAUGGAGAACUAGAAAACAUCAAACCCAAGGUAAUUGUCCUCUGGGUGGGGACCAACAACCAUGAACACACGGCUGAGGAAGUAGUUGGUGGGAUCGAGGCUAUUGUGCACCUCAUUAACAUAAGGCAACCUCAGGCCAAAGUGGUAGUUUUGGGUCUCCUGCCACGUGGUGAGAAGCCCAAUCCUUUGCGAGAGAAGAAUGCGGAGGUGAACGUGUUGUUGAAGAGAUCUGUCUUGAAGUUCCCGAAUAUGCAGUUCCUGAAUGUUGAUGCAGAGUUUGUGCAUUCCGAUGGGACCAUCUCCCAUCAUGACAUGUUUGAUUACUUGCACCUCACCCAAAUCGGCUAUGCCAAAGUCUGCAAACCUGUCUAUGAACUGCUAGUUCAGCUCCUGGAGGAGACACCUGAGGAGAAACAAGCCACCCUGGCGUGAUUGCAUCCAAACCCUUCAUAUUGUCAUUGCCAUCUCUUUUAAACUGGGAUCCGACCAGCGCUGCAUAUAGAAUCCUGCAACACUCCUGCCUGGAACAUUUGAAUCAAGGCACCCUGAUUUGUUUCAAUAUUUUGAAGUGCAGGGUUCCCUUGUGAAGUGAACAUUUUUGUUCUAUAUCAAAGCAUUAGGCUACAUUUGAAAUAGACAGUGCAGUUUAUAUAUGCAUUGUUCUGUUACUGUCAUUUGGCAUAAUGAGGUCAUUCAUGUUGAAUAUAGUUGUGCGUCUGCAAUAAUUAGCCAUUGGACACCAUCUAUUAAAGAUGAAGACACCUGUCUUCCAUUGAUUUUAUCGCUGACUUGGUGUAAUGCGAACCCCUAUUUACAUCCAAAUCUCUUUUAAGCAUAGAUAUAGUGGCCACAGAAGAUAGCCUGUUGGUAGUUGUAUGGUACAGAUAUUCUUUUUACAAAAAUUGACUCGUUCACAUUUUUCCAACACUGUGUGUUAGUCUCCAGUACUUUGUAAAUACUGCGGUAAGGAGCUGUGGAGACCUCUAGUGGUAGUAAGAGUAUUGUCUUUUCAUUUUGGGUUAACCACUGCUGAAUACAGCUGACAUGUUUGCUUCCAUUCUAAGACAUUGGAUGUCUUUAUGUUCCUGACUUCAAAUUCUUAAUGUAAUUAGUCUUAUUUGAAAUGGAAAGGCUUUCUGUUUCUAUGGUUACCAAUCACCACGUUGUGAGUGAGAAUCCUGUUCUGCUACUACUUUCUUUAAUUUAGAUUCUGUCAUGCAGCACAGGGAGAGGAACAACAAAGGAGACAUUAUUCAGUUUUAAUUCUUGUCGGUCUCUUUCCACACUCUUCUACUUUUUGUUUUGUUUCAGUGAACUCUAGAGGAAUUGGCUUUGUGAGUGAAUGGGUUUGUACAUGGCUUGAAGCCUUUGUAACAUGAAUGGAUCUUCACAACAUUAUUUGCCACAGAAGCAGAUCAUGGGUGUAGCACUGCAUUUAGGGUUUGCCAGUCCCUGGGUAAGAAAUCCCCUCCCCACCAACAUUACUGAGAGCAGGUUUUCCACAGAGUAAAGAUGUCUGAUAACAUCCACCUGUUCUUUAGAGACGUACAUCUGUUGUUGCAGGAAGUCAUGCAGUCAGUAAUUUGACAAUUUAAUAAUACACCACCUAAGUUUGGAGUAUUCCCAGCAACUAAAAGGGAGAGUCUUUUGGAUGGCACAGCAAAAAGGUCGGAUGUUUACUAUCCCUCUGAGCAGAGGUGAUAGUGUUGCUUCCUGCUGAACCCGAUCUAUGGGCCGCGAUACCUGCUGUUGAGUAGGUCCUGCCUUGUAAUCUUUGAGGUUGGUUGUAAAACUGGUGCCACGAGGAAACAGGCAAGGUUCAUUAAUGUGUUACUGGAUGUAAAGUACAAUAUUUAUGUGGCUUUCCCUGCUGAGGGAAUCUUGGAAAUGACUCGGUGAAGGAAAUUUCUGUGUGAGGACACUGCAUAUUAUCAGUUUUUAAUAAAUAUAUAAACCCUGCUUCUAGAGCUAUCUUACCUAUCAGGAUCAGUUUAUCUUUAAUUAGUAUCAGUUUUUCAGAUUUUUAUUUGUUUUGUAUCUUAAUUCUGUUUAACCUCAUUGCUCCCAGUAGGGGAUAUGUAACAAAAACAGUGGAAGUGGGUGUCUUGAUUCCAGAAUAUAAUUUGCAAUACACUUUCACUUGCGUUUUUACUUGCGCCAAUAUUAAUAGCAUUAUAUUAGCAUUAUAUGAUGGAAAAGGGAGAGAGAGGAGGCCAUGUGCAAAUUGGCAGUGCAGUAGAGAUAUGUAGGAGAGGGUUAAAUUUAUCUCCCUGUUCCCCGCUCAUGUCCCUGGCAUACAGGAUUAUUACUUAACCCAAAUUUUACUUUGUCGGAACUUUUUAUCAUGUUAUAGAUCUGCACUUUCUCAUUUGACCUCCUUCCUUGUUCUUUCAAGUGUCUCAUUAAUGAACUUUGGGUAACACAUAUGGUGGCAGCCACGUCAUCUGACUCCCAGGAAACUGAAGAGUAAUAUUUGAAACCCACCGAGUCUGAAGUGACUCUUCAUUGUGACGUAUCUUUAUUAAUCUAUUGGCUGCUAGUUUUUGAACAGCUUCAAACACUAAUUCAGAACCAAUGAAUGACUUUGGUCUCAGUGAUUUAGAACAGCCAUAUUUAUAUCAUUGCUUACCCUUGAUGUUGGGCAGAAUGUGACCAAGUGACUCUCAAAUUUAAUGUGAUCACAGCACUAGGGAUCACCUGAAAGCAACUCCAAAUAUUAGAGACCAGUUGGAAUGGGUGGGGUAGUUGUGAAACUAUUAACCAAAGUACCAGCGGUAUCUUGGGUAAAUACUAUCAGAUUAGUGACCUUUAUUGCCAACUGACAUUGCAGGAAAAACAUGUUCCACACCUGUCAGUUUGUUUUUAAUGAAAUUUUAAGAAAGUUUGUGAAUUCUCCUUUUAAGUCCUGAUUUAGAUACUGUCCUUUCAACAAAAGCAACUGCUAUUGAUGGAAGAGCCCUGAUCCUAAUAUGCCACAUGGAGUGAAUUGCAGGAUUCUAUAUGCUGCUGCAUUGAUGCAACUUAACAGAGAUCUAGCUAUAUUGUUCCAUUUUGAAAUGUACACAUCAUGAAGUAUUAUCCCUGGCUGUUUACUCCAUUAAUGCUGCACAAGUAAAUACCUGUCUGCAUUCUGAAAUGCCUGCAGUAAUGAUAUACUGAAAUGAUCUGUUAACCUGGCCACCUGGAUCUGAACAUACUGCACAAUGUCCUGUUUAGCUUUAUUCUUGUAAAUUUCUGACAUUUCCAAACCCCCCUUUUCAGUUCGUAAGUUGUCUUAUUUUGUAUAACCCUCCAUUUUACAGUUGUGAAGGUGGUGCAACUAGUACAUGCGUGCCAUCUCCUGCUAGUAGGUAGCCGCUGUGCAGUUUCACGUACCUAGAUAUUUACUGGCUGACCGAAGUAGAGUGUGUGGGACUGAACCCGACAAAGCAGUAGUCACUGAUUACAGUGUCACCUGGAUUGUGUCCCUGAGAAUAGUCAAAAGGGGAGUUCUGCUGGAAAACCAUGUGUAGACACAGUUUGCCCAACGUGGUUUGGAAGGGAUCAGGAUUUGUACAUAAUAGGGUUGGAUAAGCAUCUCACAUUCAGUUUUUAUGUUUGUAAAUGUAUGUAAUUAAAAUUACUCCAGUUCCAGAAGAGAAGUGAAAUUAAUGCUGUACUUAAACGUCAGUCAACAAUUCCUCUUAGUAAACAGCACUGUAGCUAGGAAUAUGCCCUGUGAAUUCCUUAGGGCUGGUAUUAUGCUUCAGUGGCCUGAACAACUAGGACUUUAAUAAUCAUUGUGAGCUUUUUUUUUUCUUUCUUGAUGUUUAAAAAUCUCUGCUCUGUAACUUGAAUGCUAUCUUGCAUUAGUCAGGGACAGAUUAGGCAUCAGAAGGAGCAUAGUCUGCAAUAAUGCUUACCCAAAAUUAAGGUGAAAAUUAUGUAGCCACUUGCUUGACCUAAAUAAACAAACUGCAAGUUGUCAAACUGUCCAGCUGGGUGGCAUGAAAGAAGAAGAGAGGGUAAUAUCAACGAAAGGAGUUAUAUUCCUGUUUGGGUUUAUAAUUCUGUGUGAAGUCCCAGGCUUUCUGGCAUAUUGUCUUCUGACGGACUGGUAGAUGCACUGAAUCAAGUCCUGUGAGCAUAAGCCCAGCAUUGAUAGGACAGGAUCAUAUCUAAUGCAAUGGCUGCUUUCAUUUCUGUUCUAAAAUCCAUAAAUGCUUUCAUGCAAAGUUGAUUGGUUUGUUUCCCAUCACCUGUGUUACUGUUCACUGUUAUCCAACGUGCCUCCAAAUUAAAUGCACAUCUUCUGCAUCGCACGUACCUGGAAACCCUUUAAAAUAUGUAUAUCACUUAUGUUUUGCCAGCCAUGUUAAUGUUAAACUAGUUGUGGGAAACUGCUAAGAAUUUACAGAAGCAGCUGAAGAUGUUUUGUUCCCAUGUUCAAUUCUGCAGUCAGAUUUAUGAGAGGUGACUGAUACAACUGCCUGUCCUCGAUUUAGCACAGCAGAACAGGACACAAAGUACAGUGUGUGAGUACUUGUCCUGAUCGAAUUAAGAGGAUGUUAAGUAACAACCUAAGCUCAAUGCAGGAUGGCACUAUGAUUCUCCAUUUAGCAAAAGAACCACUUAGCAAUAUUUACACUCUGCUCAUUUUGUUAAGCAGGUCUCUGAUCCAAAAGAUGUACUCCUAUUUUCCCACCCCUCCGUAUUAUAGCUUUUUCAUACUGUUUUUACAAAGAUAUGUUGAAGAAGAAUUUCUGGAACAUGGGCCCAUGAUGUGUUGACUGUAGGCACACUACAUUAUACUGAAAAAAAAUCACCAAAAGGCUUUUUUGAAAAUAUUUCCUGCAUUCUCAUAUUUUACUAUUCAGAUAUUGGCAUGUAUGAUCUCUGUGCAAGGUUAUGCUUCCAGAAACACAUUGUAUAGUAAUGCUUGAUAAAACUGUGCAGUAGCCAAAUACAUGUGUGUUACAUGUAAGAUUGAAAAAGGCAUACAGUACUGCUUACUUGUUUGGAUGACUUGCUGAAUGGUAGUAUAUAUGCUAUUUAAAAAAAAAGAAUGUGUAGCUGUUAUCAGUCAUCUGACAGCAGUGGUGUGUUGUGCUUAAAUGUACUGGUAAUUUAUGCUUUAAUGUACUGUAUUAAAAUUAAGAAAUGUUAA